UCACUUACCUAUAGUGUCAGAGCAAAGAGUUUUUUCAAUUUUUAGACACUUCCUUAAGUUUGUUUUUGAACCCUAGGCUAUGAGAGUAAUGAGACUAUGACUUAUGAGUAAUUGAGUAGAGACUCGUAGACGACCAGCGAAGUUUAAUUUCAUGGAUAUCAGCAUUUUCAUGCGCAGCAUAUGUAUGCACUGAGUAGCAGUACCUAUGAUAUGAUACCUAUGAUUAUGUUAUUGGUUUAACUCUUGAGUAGAGGAGGAAAUUAAAAAUGAACUGAUUCUACAAAAUCUCUUGUUUGCUAAUCGUGUGAGAUGUCAGAUGGUGAGCAUGACAGGGUCAAGAUCUCAAGAUUCUUUUUCACUUAGCAUCUGAGUCUGAUGCAGGACCUGCUUUGAUUAAAUAAUAUAUUUCUUUAUCCUUUGCUUUGCUGAACUGUUGUCCUAUGACUUGUUGACUCCUAGUCCUAUCCUAUGUAGUAUGUACCUACUUUAGCAAUUUAACUUUAUUUUUAGCUUCCUGAGUCCUGACAAAGUCAAAGGUUGAUUUGCAAUGGGAGCUGAGGCAAGUAAAAAAUCUCUCUCGAGUGAUUCGCACACAUUAUGGAUGUCAAUUGAAGAAGAAAAACUGAUAAAUGCACACAUCAUGCAAAUAACCACAGAAGGCUGUUUGCCUGAAGAAAAAAUAUUGGAGGUGUCCAGCCAUGGAGAUGGCCAGAUGCUGGCUGAGCGUUUCCUGGCACUACUGAAAAAGUGGCCAAACCGAGGUACUGAUAAACAACCUCCUGCUACUGGCAGGGCACUGCCGUCUGCAAAACUCCUGCAGGUCUUCAUUGAAAUCCUUAAUCCUGACCCCUCCAUUCAGACUGCAGUGCUGUGCCUGUUGUCUGGCAGUGAUGGGGGAUCAGUUCAGUCCAAUGAUCUUGUGCAGGCAGUUGCACUGGUGAUUGAGCGCUACUGCCGGCUUGCCUCAGUUGCACCAGCCACUAGACUGUCUGCUGAUGCUGACAGCAGCGGCCGCGUGGCUCGUGAAUGGCUGAACUCGCUGCUGUUUGCUGAUGCUUUAAAUAAAAAGACGGUGACAAUGGCGCUGCCGAGCACAGCAUUGAGCCAGGCGGGUGUGGAGCGAUGGCUGCAGGGUCACGCUGCCGUGUAUGGUGUUGUGCAAGUGACUGUAAUGCGCUCCCUUGUGCUGCCUGCCCUUACCUCGCCGCCGUCACUAUUUCCUGACAUCAUAGCAACAAAGGAGAUGCACGUGGGCCUGAGUGCAGCAGAUAUCUUGCUGCUUAACACAGCUCUGCCUCAGCAACUGCGCUGUCAGUGGCGGCUGCUGUUCUGCAACCACACGCACGGCGACAGCUUCAGCAUCCUCAUGAAGCAGAUAGUGGGCAAAGGUCCUACUCUUGUUGUUGUGGAGGAUGAAGAAGGGAACAAAUUCGGAGGCUUUGCUUCAGCUUCGUGGGAAGUUCGUCCUCAAUUCCAUGGAACUGCUGAGAGCUUUUUAUUCAGCAUUAAUCCGUACGCCGGCAUAUAUCGCAGCACUGGCUACAACACUAACUACCAGUACCUGAACUUCCUAGAAAACAACACCAUGCCCAACGGUCUUGGCUUUGGUGGGCGGGUGGAGUUGUUUGGACUGUUCCUGUCGUACGACUUCGGCGAGUGCAGCGUCGCGCCCUCCUGUACGACCUUCUCGAGCCCCGCGCUCUGCCUGAACGCCACGCCGCAUAUCCGACGCCUCACCGUCUGGGGCGUGGGGGAAGAACCCAAGGACUCCGACGACGACGAUGAUGACGAUGACAAGCAGAAAACAAAGAAACGCAGCGCUUUGGACCGCAACCCUGAAGCGCGUGCCAUGCUCGACAUGAUCGGUCGCACACGCGCCAGCGAGGGACUUCGAGAGCCUGAGCCUGA